AUGGGUUCUGAGUCUGGCAGCAGGUUCCCAGGCUUUUUGAUCUUCAUGUUCAUAUGGCUUCGUUUCUCGGCACCGUCUGAAGCGCACGAGUUUCGCGUUGGUGGCAAAGAUGGCUGGGUAACGAAGCCUUCGGAAGACUACAAUCACUGGGCCCAGAGAAUCAGGUUUCAAGUCAAUGACACUCUCUAUUUUAAGUACAAGAAAGGGUCUGAUUCGGUCUUCGUGGUGAAGGAGGAGGAUUACGAUUCGUGCAACACCAAAAGUCCCUUGCAGAAGAUGGAGGAUGGACAGUCAUCUUUCAUUCUCAAUAGGUCGGGUCCCUUUUACUUCAUCAGUGGGAAAUCCGAGCAUUGCCUAAGGGGCCAAAAACUGAUCGUCGUCGUUAUGGCUGUGAGACACAAACCACAUUCACCUCCUACUCCGGCGCCGGCGACACCGCCUACUGUGGCACCAUCUCCUGAAGCCGAUAUGCGCAAAGCCGGUUCACCAUCUCCAUCGCGGUCGGCUAGUUCAGGCCCAGGCCUGGGGCUCGGUGGUUCGAUAUUAAUGGGGUUGGCUUUUGGGGUUGGCAUUGGGAUGAACUUGAUCUUCAGGAGCAUUGACGGGCUAAUUUAGUUGUAAUGGACGUUGAAGAAGUCACCUCUAAUUAGUUGAUUGCCGGCUUCGACUUUCUUUUUGAAUUUGGACGGAUAAUGGUGUAUGGAUUUAAUUAUUUUGAAUAAGA